AUGGCGGAAUUUUUAUCAACUAUUUCUAAACCUUCGAUCAUUUUGAUGGUCGUAUAUUUCCAAGCACACGAUUACUAUCCAGGAAACUCUCUUCGAUCUAUCUGCCCGAAUGCUCUUUUGCAUUACACCAGCAUGGAAUCAUGGAGUAUGAUAUGUUUGUAUGGCUUUGGCGGAACCAUGCCUUGGGUAACAUCACGUACGUCCAAUGGCAAAAUGGGACCAGCGGAAAUAGGAGCUCACAUUUUACUGCCUAAAGGUGAGUUUUGUAUAUGCAUGGAUAAUGUAUUAUUAAAUAAUUUCCAAAUAACGAUUGAUAAUUACCCAUACACUAUUAAUAGUCUGAGAACAAGGCUUCGUGCAAAGUUGUAAUGCCUCAAUAGCAAAAUCUGCACAAAGUCCUUGGACUAGAUUUUUGUAGUGUAAACGCACUUCGGCCUGGCCUAGGCCAGGAAAUUUGGGCCCAUCAAAACAGGUGGCCCAGAUUUCCUGGCCUAGGCCAGGCCGAAGUGCAUUUCAGCAUUUACAUUACAAAAAUCUAGUCCAAAGCUAGGCCUAGGUCAAGGCCUGGCUUAGGCUCGUAGUGUAAACACGGCUCAUGUGAGUGCUUAGUAAUUUAUUCACAUUUCUGGACGGGGGAGGGGUAUACGCGAGUGAUCACAUCUGUUCUCUUUUACUGUGUUUAUGCCAAUGUGUUUAAUAAAGCUGUGGCAUGAACAGAUGAGUUGACAAAUGUAGUGAAAUUGAACAAAAAUUGAUGAUAUAAAAUGGUUCGGAUGGAUCCCAUAGUUUUUGUACGGUUAAGAUUGCCCGGUUUAUUAUUUACGCAAGCACGAGCUUAUCGCAAAUACUGGAAAGGAAAUAAAUUGGGGUGGACAAGUCAGAAAUGGCUUUGGGCAACCAAAGUUUUGGUGUUGUCUGUCUCUUGGGCAACCUCAUUUUUCAAAAUUUUGCGAGCCCUGUAAAACACACUGGUCUGAAAAACGGGGUGCAUAUAAACGCAAUCAUUCACUGGUGCGGGAAAUGAAGCCAUACAGUUUAACCGAAAUCCGCCAUUACUAUUAAGGAAUCAAAAGUACGGGCAAAAUAUCGCUCGCUAUUUCUUUUCCAAAAACCGUCAAACGUUUACAAAUUAGAAGAUAACCACUUCAAAAAAAUUUCAUGCAGCUACAUAAUUUUGAUAACUCAUGAUCAAGCAAGGUUGCAGAGAUGAAUUGAAAUUGAAGAAGGCAUGUGCACCUGACGUGCCAACAAGAUAAUAUUUUACUUUAUAUAAUACCUUAUUAAAUUCUAAUCAUUUAAUUGGCUGUUUAUGGUCACGUGAUAUUGAAUAGAAAAUUCCAUUUCCCAAGAGUGCAAUGGAACACGUUCCAUUGCACUCUCCGCGAGUGCAAUGGAAUAAAACGUAUAAUACAAUUGCACUCUUUGUGUUUUCGAUAAAUCGCAUCCCUCAAAAUGCUUCUCAUACGAAUCUAUUAGUCUAUUUUGGUAUUAUAUAAAACAAAUAAUGAAUGUUUCUUCGUGCAAUGGUAAGAAUAUUUUCAUUCGGUGAAAGAUGGAAUGUUCCAUUCAACUCGGCUGUCGCCUCGUUGAAUGGAACAUUCCAUCUUUCACCUCAUGAAAAUAUUCCUACCAUUGCACUCAUAAACAUUCAUUAUUUGUAUAUUGUAUCAUAUUGAUCGACGAUUGCAUGAUCUGUCAAGACUGUCAUUUCUAUUCAAAUUAACCUUUCAAUUCCUUUCAAUUAUUCUAUUUGUAUGGUCCACUCCAAAAGCCUGUCUAUUCGGUUAAUCUUCUUUUUCUGUUUUAAGAACUCGAAAAUGCACCCGUUUUGCAUACCGUUGUUCCUACCAGCGCUCUAUCAUUAGAACUUGAGUGGACAGCCCCUGACACAGAUAAUUACACAGGAGAGAUCUUAUAUUAUCAAGUGUGCUACCAAAAAUCAAGCAUUUCCAAUGAUAUAAACUGUACCUUGGAAUCUGUGGAUGGUAAUCUCAUACAAGCCGUGAUGAGCGGAAUGCAUCCAUUUCAGGAAUAUAGAGUAAAGAUACGAGGAGUUGUGGCACUAGGAUAUGGACCUUUCUCAAAUGUGCUCUUGUCUACCACGCCUGAAACAGGUAGGUGAGCGAGUGGGAUUGACACAUGAUUUGAUGAUUUAAUUUAAAUCACAAAUUAGUAAAAUUAUUCACAAAUUAAUACAAAUUAAGGAAGGAAGCGCUAGGAAAUUCACCACACACCACACCAUUUUACUAAUGCAAUUGUUUUUAGUUCCAAUCCUUGCGAGGGCAAGACGUUAUGGCCCUCGUGUCAGCCUCUUCCAAGAAACGAGUAGUGACUUUUACUUUGUCUUCAGGGAUAACUGGAAGUAGGCCCUAUUAUUUAGAUUAAAAUCACUCUAACUAUACCAUAAUUAUAAUUCGAGUUACCAACUUACAAAGUACGCAAAACGAAACCCGGCCACCAAACCAAUAUAUCUAUUACGGAUGUCGCCGUUGCUUACACGGCUUUUGCAUACUCGAAAUAGUAUCUAUAGUACCAUAAGUAAGACAAUCACGAAGUGAAGAGACUGGUACGAUUGCAUUACAGCAGUCAUACAUGAUAAAACUUAGGGCUUGUACUGCAGUUUUAAGAUUGGAUUAGUAGACAUACAUUGGUUUGUUUUGAAAAUCAUUUUUGCACUGUAAUUACAUAUUUUUGCACUGGUAUUUUAUUAACAGAACCGUCCAGUGGUCCUUCAAGCAUACAUUUUCCCAGAGUAAGCACUUCCUCAAUAUUUGUAACAUGGUCAAUGCCCGAAGAACAAGACAGGAAUGGCAUCAUACGACAAUACAGUGUAUGUUAUCAAACAACCGAAAACACUGAUCCAUGUAAUAAUGCCAAGAUCACGGACAACACGUGGUUCGAGCUCAAUGGACUCAAGCCAUAUCAGAAAAUAACAUUUCAAAUUAAGGCUGCUACAUCCGUGGGUUUUGGCCCAGCAACCAUUGCCUAUCAGACGACUUUGCCAUCUGGUAUGUAUCUUACGAGCAGACCCUUACUUUCUUACCUUGGAUUUUUUCAUUGUUGCUAGCUUAUAUCCCAUAAAAAUUCCCUUGUCCAUUUAUUCUCCUCAAUAUCCAACCUGCAGAUACCUGCAAUCAGUAAUUUCAAAAGCCGUUGGGGAGCCUACGAAUAUAAAAUAACAGAGCGCGUAGGACGUAUCGAGCCUACGAAUAUAAAAUAACAGUAUUUUAGUGGAGCGCGUAGGACGUAAUCGCGUGAACUCGUUUUCAUAUAUGUGACACUAGUUAAAACCCAAUGUUUCAACGAGUCUCUAUUGACAAAGUGAGGUACUGUCCGGAAAUUAAAGGUGUAUUCGGUAAUUCUGUCUGGCUAUUUACUCUAGAGCAUAGCGAAGUUAAAAGUCAUUCGCAUGCGCGAAUCCAAAUCCAGUGAGGACUGGUGUCUAGCAAUUGCCAAAUUGUUUUAGACCAGCAGUUUAACGUUCACUUUACGAAAUUUUGGAAGAAAAUUGUAAAAGAUUAAAUUUCGUAACCGACAUUAAAAUGAAAAUACAACAAAGAAGAUGCAUUGCCUGCAUGAUAGGACGUGGUAUUGUGUGUGUUUGAAGUGAAGUUUAGAGGAUUAGAAAUUGGUGGCUGUCAACCGACAACCAAAAAGAAAAUAUUAAAAAAUGAAUGUUAGUCUUGUGAUUUUCGGGAACAUUAAUUUAAUGAAAUUUUGAAUUCUUACCUCAUUAUGAUUUUUUUGUACGAGAACGUGAUUAACCUAUUAAGCGUGACAAGUCUGGUUUUAGACAGAGUAAAAUAAUAAAGUGGGGCUUCGGUGGCGAAGUGGUUAGCGCACUUGCCCUUCACCUCUGAGGCCGCAGGUCCAAAUCUCAGCCAGAACUUUCUCAACGCGACUCGAACCCAGUCCUCAUGUGAAAAGAGUAAAAGUCAACGCUCUGCCGAAAGUCGUGGGUUUUCUCCGGGUACUGCUGUUUCCUCCCACAAGGAAAGUUGACAAGAUGGGUUAGGUAAAAGGGCUCACAGUAAUUGGCAUAUGCUGUUGUGGUGUCCCUGCCCUAGUUGGCAAAGCUAAAAUAAGAAAAGUAGGGCGGAUCAGGUCCCAAUGCGACUCAAUGGGUUAACUAGACAAAUGGGCAGAUAGGCCAGUUAACCCAUUAAGCGCCAGCGCCCUUCCCUUGACGAGUACAAUCGUCUGACGUUAGACAGAAUAAUGACAGGGCAUUGACUAAUGACGAGUAAAAUCGUCUGACGUUAGACAGGGCGCAAUGCGACUCAAUGGGUUAAAGAAUUGUUCAUUUCAUUUUCAGUUCAUUUCAGCAAUUUAGCGGGCAGUUUGUUUUUUAAAAAUUGUGCAUUUAAUUAAUGCGUCUUGAGCAAACAAGAAUUUAAUUAUAAAUCGAUCUGGCAAGCAAAUUAAUUUUACAAGUAAAUUUUUCAAACAAGUGCGUGAUACUUGCUGGCCAAAGGCGAACUUGGAUAAAUAGCGGAAAUUUAGCUAUGACGUCUGGAAACGUUUUACCACACGUACAAGGUUGAUGUUACCUUGGCGAGGGGUUGCUACAUCCAUAUGGCAUAUAUGUCAUGAAUAGUACAUUCGUUAUUUAAUUUGUACAUUUAAUUGAUUGGCCUAUACCGUCCCCCUGUCUCCUCCCAUAAGACGUUAUGUCAUAUUAUGUAUCAGUGAUGUAUUCGACAUUGUAUUGGGUCCCGGAUGGUCAAUCUUUUAUAGAAUUGCAAUUGCUUAUUUGCACGAAAGCCCAGGUAAACUUUAUGCAGACUUUAGACUUCAGAAUUUAUCAGAACGUAUUUAUCAGGUAGCACUGUUUUUAAUGGAAUAAUGCUGUAUUUACAUUAAUGCGCUUCUUAUCAUAGGCGCCCCAAAAGUGGGGAGGCUAAGCCAGGGCAAAUUCAGAAGAAAAAUUCGGGAAAGAUGAAAGAAAACCGGGAAUGUAUUAAAGUUGUGCAGUUGGAAAUAUGUUAGAUCCAGAAAAUCUCCCUCCCCCCGGGGGAGUUAGCUCCUCUAAACACUAACAGUACAAGUCGAAGGAAGCGCCUUAGCCCCUUCGCUCGAAACGUCGAAGUUCUCCUUGUAUUUUUCAGGUAGUUGUGUCCCUAUCAAUCUGACGCUUUUGUACAUAUUUCUCCCAGAAUUUUGAGUUGUUUUCAAUCGAUUUCAGUGUAAAAAGUAUCAAAUUUUCGACGAGAAAUUCUAAAUACUUUGUUUAUAUUUUGCAACAAUUGCCAAGCAUGCGUAGAGCUCACGUUGGAAAUCCAACGUACUAUCUGCCGCUAGCCAAUCACCGGCCUGAAUCAAUUCGAUUUCUCCAGAGCUAUGCCCACCCUUAACCUGCGAACGGGCAUGCUCGGGGAACGAGAUUGCUUUCUACCUGGCUUUCGUAGUCUCACGAUUUUUAAAAUUUAUUGCAAGUAAAGGACUAAAGCUACCAACCUAUAUGCAAACAUUAACCAUUUGCGUAAACCAUUUUUUCAUAAAGUUUUUCGUAAACCAUUUUUUCGCAAUCAACCCCAGUUGGCUCAUAAACUCAUUCCAUUUCUCUUAAUUUUCAAACAUGCAGCUCCAGAUGGUCCACCCAAUGAAGCACGAGCGACGCACGUUAAAACCACAAACAUAUCGCUUUCAUGGCUACCUCCAGAUUCCGAGUUGCGCAAUGGAAGAAUUACCAACUAUACCAUCUGCAUCCGGGUCUUUAGCACUUCCCCAGGCCCUUGUCUGAGAGAAGUCUCGCUCAGUAACCAAACUGACUACACGGCUACUGGACUAAAACCUUACACGAAGUAUAUCAUUAAAAUAUCUGCUGGCACAGAGAUUGGUUUUGGACCACCUGCGUUGGUAGUUAACACAACGUCAGAGGCAGGUAAAGGACUAUGGUGACAUUUGGUGGGAAUUGGAUACAUACCCAAUUUAUAUACAGUAUGAAAGUAAAUGAAGGGGAUUAGAAGUUUUUGCUAAGCCAUGCGGCAGAUGUUGGGGAACUGGUUGAGAAAAGAUUAGUUAUUUUAAUUCUCUUUUUAGUUAUUUUAAUUAGACUUUUACCAUAUAUACUCGGUAAGUGCAUAGUGCUUUUCUCGCAAUGGUUGCUCAGCUCGGGGUCUCCUAAAACUAUUCACUAUUUCACUUUCAGACAAAAACAAAAUGGCUUCCCGUUUCGUUCCAGUUACAGACGAGCAAAUUUUUGUACUAACUAAAAAAUUCAUGUUUCGCUCGCUACUCUGGUUUCAAUAAAUGAUUACAAAGCCCAUUCGAAUUGUAAUCAAGACCCAACAGCAUGAAUUUUCUGAUUUGUUUUUACAGGUUCUUUCAGAAAACUCUGUAUAUUCUAUACCAUGCGGUGACUGCGAGAAAGAGUAUUUGGGUCAGUCUAAACGCCAGUUUGGUACACGGCUAAAAGAACAUCAAAAAGCUGUUUCAACUUUAGACAAGGGAAAACCAGCUUUAGCAGAACAUGUGUGUGAUACCAAACACGAGAUUGCGUGGGAAAACUCUAAAGUAAUUACCACAAACAAUGGCUAUGGUCAAAGACUUGCCUAGAAGCAUGGCAUAUAAAUAUGAGUAGUCAUGCUCUGAAUAGGGAUGACGGUGCCUAUUUGCCAGAGGAAUACAUGCAUCUCAUUGGCAGGUCACGUCAUCCCUCGGGUAUUUAAGAAGCCACGAUUGCAACUUUAGAUCACCCCUGAUGAAGACACUAGACUGGAGUGUCGAAACGUUGGGUCUUGAUUACAAUUCGACUAGGCUUUGUAAUUAAUCAUUUAUUUAAACCAAAGUAGCGAGCGAAACAUGAUUUUAAUAUACAUGGUUGCAGUGAACGAACAAACUUUAAAACUAAAAAAUUGUGCUAAACUAAUUUUUAUAUCAACGCUUGGCGUUUCGGUGAAUAUAUCCUUGCACUAUUGAACUCCACUUCAGUGAAUAAUUAUCAAUUAUUGGACGCGGUUAAACAAAAUACCGUGAUUUGUUAGUGGCGAGCAGAUCAAUUAUUUCGGAAACAUUUUUUGCAGGUAAAUUAACCAAUCAAAAUUAAGAACACUAUAAAGUGAAUGGUAAUUGCUAAUUAUGUGGAGGCGAAGAAUAUGAUUAAGAGAUGUUCAAUAACGCCGGGUCGUGACAUGUACACUACAAACAUUCAAACAAUCAUUUAAAACUUGUAAAUUUAUAACUAUCUUAGGACUAAAAUAUUUCCCUGUUAAUUUUAGAACCAACUGGACCUCCAACGGAUUUACAAGUUACGCAUUUCACACAUAAUUACAUAGACAUCACAUGGUCGUCCCCAGACCCUUCAGAAGUCAACGGCGUUCUUACUAAGUAUUCAGUCUGUAUUAGAACCCAGCCUUCUUCGUUUUGUCUGCAGGGACUCACUGUUCCUUUUACACAGACAUCGUACACGUUCAGCGGUCUUAGACCAUAUGUUAUUUACAGCAUUGAAGUUAGAGCAGCUACUGUGGUAGGAUUUGGUCCGCAGGCGAAUAUUUCCCAAAGAACAGUACAGUCAGGUGUGUAGAUAAUAUACCGUGUUUUUUUUGCAUUGAAGGAUGAAAGAUCAUAGAUAAAAAUAUUGUAUAUGUCCACCUGAAACGUUCAUGCUGGCUUGUAAAGAGCAUUUGACAGGUUUUCAUGUGGUUAUGCCAAUUAUUUUGAACUAUACCUCGCUCUGAUUGGCUAAAGUAAUUGAAACCUUCAAAUGCUUUUAUGGAUGUGUCUGUACAUCCUGACGGUAUUCAUUGUUUUGUAGAAGAAAAGGAUUUUGAACGUUUUGGAUAAAUUUGAAUGAUUAAUUAAAGGCUAGCAGGGAAAUAAAAUCGAGUCAAACGAUGUUGAGCGAAAUAUCGUAAUUUGUCCAGGGUCGUUUUUAAUAUACAAAUGAUGAGAGAGCAUGUUGCCUGCCUCCAGUAAAGCCCCCUUCCCCAGUAAACUAUUUAGCCCCUGUAGUGAGGCGUUUUGACUUAGUUCAGAUGAGUAAUAUUAGUUUCAUAUUUCCCUAAUCAGACCUUGUUUUUAUACUAGAAGUUCAGUCUGUUUAGAUGGAAUAUAGAAAAAAAAUCGUGUCGGUAAAUGUAGUAAAUGAAGCCCCUGAUAUACCUUUCCCUUAACAACUCCCCCUGACGAAUUCAUGUCCCUGGUUUUGUCGGCGGCGAUAACAAAGUUGUUUUGUUAUUCAAUAUUUCACACUCGUCGCAACUCACAAUUUCAUAGAUUAACAAGCCAGUUAAAUAACAAAUCUUCCCAGUGUCAGCCAAAACUGAUCAAUAUAAGACAACGUGAAGAAGGACCUUCGCCCGUUACCGUUGGUGUAAAUUUUAGUUGCGCGUUGUUCUUUUACUUCAGAGCCGAGUGGACCGCCAACUAGAAAAACAGUGACAUUUGUGAACGAAUCAAUGAUUAGUUUCUCAUGGUCAGCACCAGAACCAGAGUUACAAAAUGGCGUGAUUAUUCACUAUAGUAUGUGUAUACGAGAAUAUGGUCCUGAGUCCACUUGUACCAGAGCAGCACAAAUAUCAGCAAGUGAUGAGAAUAGUUAUACGUACAAUGGCCUGAUCCCAAGCAAGGAAUAUAUUGUGGUGAUUAAAGCCGCAACUACUGUGGGUCUGGGACCGCCUGCAUUUAUUCAAAAGACGUCAGGUAGGCAACAGCCUGGUAGUGACAAAUCUGAACCUCGCUAUUAGCUUUCACACGAUCGGAAAUUGCACCUGGCUAUAUUAGUGAGCAUUCAUUACAUGUGUGGUAUCGUUGGCUUAGUGAAGAAUGUUUCAGCGCUUUUUGUUUUUCUUCGUAUUUAUAGGGCUUGAAAUAAUGUUGUUGAGGCAAGCAAGGCAACUUAGCAUGCGUAGAAUGUAAACGAGUGACAGCCUGUCUUUAAGGUGUCAAUUUUUGGCCGCAAUUUAUAUGAUCGUGUUCUAUAAGCCUGUUUGGAGUUGAACACCUCAAUGAACACUGGUAGCUGAUACAAUAUCUUAACUGAUAGAUCACAAACGACAAAACAGCAAUUGUGAAACUGAUAUUAUACACUGAAAACAUUAGAGACUUGAUUAAGGGCCUGUUUAAAUGGAGGUAGGGUAACCCUAUAUCAAUAGGGUGACCCUACCAAGAGGGGUUUUAAAAACUAGCGAGGGUUUACAUGAGGUAGGGUCACCCUACCACUAGGAUUAUGUUGCCUAGGUAAGGUAACUCUACCUAUGCGUGGUCGCUAAGCCAGCUGUAUUUGAAAAUGGAGCCUAAACGCAAAUUUUUAGCGGCAAGUUGUAUAAUUUUAUGUCUUGGACCUUUGCUUGCUGUAUUUCAAUGAUGUGGUCUUUUAUUUUGUGUUAUUGUAUCAAAAGGGCGAAUAAAACACGAGCCGCUUGGUAGGGUAACCCUAUAUACCUGACGCGUUUACAUGCCUUAUGUAAACAAAAACAUAGCCCUUCUGCUAGGGUUAUCUUAUCUGUUUGGUAGGAUAACCCUACCUCUAGGGUAACUCAAGCGCGCAUUCGUUGCUUUUCGCAACGCGAAAACUAGGGUAACCCGCCUACUAUGUAACCCUCCAUGUAAAUAGCCUAAAGCUGGAGUUACACGAGCAACAAAAUUGCUGCAACUUGCAACAAAAUCUAAUUUCUACGCAUUUUAAUUGAAAAUGUUUACACAUAAAUGUACAAAUCAUAAGGCAACAUGUGUCCACAUUUCUACUUAACAUGUGUUGAAAUCAGAUUUUGUUGCAAUUUGUUGUUUUGUUUCUCAUAUUUUUAAGCCAGACAGCCAAUGGCUCAACCGCUUGUUUUUAAAUUCCGUAUAGGCGAAUGUGGUCUUCCCGUCCUGUAUGGCGGAGGUCAUGUUAGUGACGACAGUUUUAGUGCAAGUGGGUUUCUUAGUAGAAAUUAUGAACCUUACCAAGCACGUAUAGACAAUGACCUACCAUGGUGUGAUCGUGGGACCAGAAACAAUGCCUAUAUCCAAGUGGACUUUGGUGGAUCGCUAAAGGUUCUGGGUGUCGCAACGAAAGGUCACAGGCAACAUUGGCAAAGUUGGGUGUUUUCAUAUAAAGUUUCGUACAGUAUAGACAGAGUGAAUUGGAAAUAUGUUAAUGUUAGCGGAAAGAUGGUUAGAAUAACUUGA